AGCACACAUGGUAGUAAGUCAGAUGGUGUGGAUAGUCAGUCCUGACACAGUGCGCAGGGCAGGGGGUGAGUGUGCGGCACGGGACUAGGAUAUUGGGAUCAGGUACGUCGCUUGCAAUCCAGGUUCGGCUCUCCAGAGGGCGUGGGCAGCGUGCGAACUACAGCGGGAAAUACAGAUCGCAGGGACCUCGCUGCGUUGGUCCUGCGGGGAUGCGCUGCUGAGUGCCCGGGAUGAGGCUGCUGGGAGUGCGCUCUCCGCGGGAAUGGUUUCUCUGUUGCUCGGUGCACACUGGGAGUGAACACACAGCUUUGCCCGGAGUGCCCACCAUGGCCGAGCCAGAUCUGCACUGAGAUACUGACAGCCAGCGGCAAGCCGAGGAGCCCAGCCUGAGUCUACACGGGAUCGCAGGACUACAAGUGCCCCGGGGAGAGAGCGCAGCCACAUCUACCUGCCCCCGACCCAGGGGGCUUUAAACCUGCACGUGGAGCACUGGGCGUCUGGACCUUUUUAUUCCUCCCCAGCCUGGAUGUGACUCCUGAUCGCAGCUUUGGACCCGGAGUUAUACCUGUGAAAGGCGCUAUUGGGGAGUGUUUGGGGUCCAUGCUAACGGAGGAUCUGAUCUGCCGGGAACGUCUGGCUACUUGUGAUCUGCCCCCACCUAGAGCCCGAGGAGACCCCAUCUCACCCACCUCCGUCUCCUCCUCCUCCUCUCCUGCCGCUUUCCCCUAAGGCUUUGUUCCUUCCUGUCCCGCAGUGGCUCCGAGGUGCUGCGGUGGUGGCGGUGGCUCCUCCGGCUCCUCCACCCAGCCGGCUCCCCUGGAUCCGGAGAGCGGGGGCUCAGCUGCCCCUAAUGAGAGGCCACUAAAAGCUGGGCGCAUCAAGAGGAUGGUGCGGCUGGUGGCCGAGCUGCUCCUACUGCUGGGACUCCUGCUGCUCACCCUGCACAUCACCGUGCUCAGGGGCAGCCCUGCCAGCCCUGCCAACGUCAGCCAGUCCCAGGAUGAACAGUUGUUGAACCCAGAGGAGAGAAGGGGAUAUCUUGAGGAACAGGGGACGCAGAGAUCUAAUCCUAAACAUCGCUUCAUGGGCAAUGGACAUACCUCUUUACAAAGAGAUGGACCCGGCUCAUUCCUUUUGGAUCUUCCAAAUUUUCCAGAUCUGUCCAAAGCUGAUAUUAACGGCCAAAAUCCAAACAUCCAGGUUACCAUUGAAGUUGUUGAUGGACCCGACACAGAGCCAGAAAACGAAAUGCAAAAAGAGAACAAGCCCAGCUGGCCGGUUCCAUCACCUGACUGGAGAAACUGGUGGCAGAGGUCAUCUGCAUUGCCCAGGAUAAACUAUGGCGACCAAGAUUACAAGUAUGACAGCACCACUGAGGACAGCAAUUUCUUAAACCGUCUCGGUGGGUGGAACAGACAAAUACCCAGUCACCGCACGCUGGAUUUAAAAGAGCAGCCAGAAUAUGAUUAUUCCGAUGGUGAAGGCGACUGGAGCUCCUGGUCCGUGUGCAGUGUUACUUGCGGAAGUGGCAACCAGAAACGUACCAGAUCUUGUGGAUACGCAUGCACAGCCACUGAGUCGAGGACCUGCGAUAUGCCAAACUGCCCAGGAAUCGAAGACACGUUUAGAACCGCAGCAACAGAAGUUAGUCUCCUGGCAGGCAGCGAGGAUUUUAACGCUACAAAGCUCUUUGGAGUUGAUGCAGACAGUUGUGAAAGAUGGAUGAAUUGCAAGAGUGAAUUUCUCAAAAAAUAUAUGCACAAAGUAGCCAAUGACCUUCCUAGUUGCCCUUGCUCCUACCCUACUGAAGUGGCAUACAGCACGGCCGAGAUAUAUGAUCGCAUUAAACGGAAGGAUUUUCGAUGGAAGGAUGCGAGUGGUCCUAAGGAGAAACUAGAGAUCUACAAACCCACGGCAAGGUACUGCAUCCGAUCCCUGCUGUCCCUGGAAAGUACUACGCUUGCAGCACAACAUUGCUGUUUUGAUGACAGCAUGCAGCUCAUUACCCGGGGAAAGGGAGCUGGCACACCAAACCUGAUCAGCAUAGAAUUUUCAGCGGAGCUUCACUACAAAGUGGACGUUUUACCCUGGAUCAUGUGUAAGGGUGACUGGAGUCGAUACAAUGAGGUUCGUCCACCAAACAAUGGGCAAAAAUGUACAGAAAACCCUUCAGAAGAUGACUAUAUAAAACAGUAUCAAGAAGCCAGAGAAUUUUAGUAACUGAUGGAAGGAUAUGGUUCUGAAGGAGGAACUUAAGCAUCAAAUGGAAGCAGGGUCACCUCGUUUAUUUUCUUCCCUUUUCUUCG